AUGGCGCAUUUCCUUCGCGGCAAGCAGGCCGGCAUUCAGAAUGACCUCUCUACCGGUGUUUCACCAGAAUCUUUUAUGCUAGACGAUUUUGCCCGCUAUGGCAUCAAUUCUCAGAUCUCCGUGCUCGCCUAUGACCCUGUCCAGUCUCUCCUCGCAGUCGGUACCAAUGAAUCUCAAUUCGGCCCUGGGGUCGUCUAUGUCUUUGGCCAGAAGCGAGUCUGUGUGACUUUCACUCCUCCUCGACCUUCAUCCAUCCGGACCAUCCAAUUUUGUGCCGACAAAAUCCUUGUGCUCGACAGCAAGAACGACGUCAGCGUCUUCAGCCUCGACACCAGGCAUCUGCUGGCAAAUUAUUCCCCUCCCGGCCAGGUCGUUGCCAUCCUCUCGGAUCCCAGUCUCGACUACUGUUUCUCUGGUUUGCAAAAUGGGGAAAUCGUGGCAUUUGAUUUGGACCGCGAGCAUCAAACGGCAUUCAAGAUCCCCAACCUGUGGCGCGAGCGGAACCCCAGAGCACGGAUUCUACCCAUUGUAUCGAUGCAGUUCCAUCCCAAGGACAUAGGGACAUUGCUUAUUGGUUACUCCGAGGGCGCCGUCAUCUACUCUUUUAAGCAGAACAAAGCAAUCAAGUUCUUCCACUACGAACUCCCACCAGGCGCUCGAGGCGGGGAUGGAGAUCCUUCCAACGCCAACUCCGUACGGCAUCCGCGGUUGACACAUGCUCUCUGGCACCCAACUGGCACCUUUGUGUUGACGGCCCACGACGACUCGAGUCUGGUGUUCUGGGACCCUCGAGACGGCAGGGUCAUCCACGCAAGGACAAUUGAGGAUACAGAUGUCAACGUGCCUGGCGCUGGACAGCCAAGAGAUGUACCUAGGAGCCCUCUCACGCCGGUAAGCCCGGGCUUUGGUACAGUGAAGGAGCCGUACUUUCAUAUUGCAUGGUGUUCAAAGGCAAAUCCGGAUGACACUGGCUUGCUUGUAGCAGGCGGCGCACCGACAACUAACCCCACGAGAGGCCUGACAUUCCUCGAACUCGGUCCGACACCAAACUAUCAAACCUCGACGUGGGAUUUCCUCGCGAACCAUUUCCGCCGUCCGAAACGCACACAUGUGCUGCCUACACCACCUAAUGCCGCGAUCAACACGUUUACCCUUAUUCCUCGCUCGUCCCCACACUUUGCAGGCUCUCAUGAUCCGAUAGCAGUCAUGACUGUUCUCUCGUCUGGUGAAGUGAUCACAUUGAGCUUCCCCUCUGGACAUCCCAUCACACCCAGCAACCAGCUACACGUCUCGUUAUCUUUCGUACAUCCAUUUGUGACCAAGACAGCACUCGCAUUCGUCGAUCGAACUAGGUGGCUCGGCAUGCGUGAAGUUCGCCAACAUGGUCCGCAGUUUCUGAUCGGUGGCGCUGAGGGUAUCAAGCCUCUUAAGAGACAUGAAAACAGAAAUAUCGUCCAAGCCGCUCACGCGGACGGGACCAUUCGCAUAUGGGAUGCCGGACAUGGCGAUGUCAUUGAAAACCCUGGCGUCCUCCAAGUCGAUUUAGGAAAAGCCCUGGGUCGGUGGGAUAAUCUGGACGUGUCCCAGAUGGGCAUGUCUGGUGCAACGGGAGAGCUUUCGGUAGGGCUGAAAACCGGGGAACUCGUUGUUUUUCGACUGAACCGCAAUCAAUUCUUUGGUCAGCCUCCAUCUGAUCCUGGCUCGAACGAAGGACCUGGCAAAAUGCAGGAUAUCAGCAGACGAGCUGACCCAGGCUUGAAGGAAGGUCUCCUCCCUCUGACCAUGACGAAUGACCAACAAGGCCCCGUCACCGCUCUGCGACAUUCCGAUGUUGGCUUUGUGGCAGCUGGUUAUGCUGGAGGUGGGGUGACCAUUGUUGAUCUACGCGGUCCGGCCAUCAUCCACACAGCUCUUCUCAACGAGAUGGUCGGUGGUAAACAUCGGAGAGGUAGUGUUCGACGAGCUACGCCGGCCACUCAAUCGACAGAAUAUGCCACUUCGAUGGAAUUUGGCAUCUUGACCCUUGAUGGUGAUGAUUAUUCCUCACUUGCUCUAUUUGUGGGAACAUCUCGAGGUCGUGUCGCCACGUUCAAAAUUCUCCCAUCUCAGUCCGGACGGUAUUCGGCACAGUCGACAGGUGUGGCCCAAAUAUCAGAGGACCGGGUCAUCUCAUUGUGCCCCAUUGAUACCCACACAGGUGCCCCUGCAGCUGCAACUGGUUAUACAAUGGGCGGUUUGCAGUCCGGUCGGAAAGUCGAUGGCGUCCUUGUGGCAGUCACAGUUUCAUCCGCCCACAUCUUCCGUCCAGCAUCUGCGAAGGGAGCCUCCAAGACUUUCGACCACUACCUGUGUGAUUCGGCCACAGUAGCCCGCUACGAAGAUCGUGGCUAUGCGAUUGUCGGGUUAUUUGGCGAUGGCGCCGCCCGGGCAUUCUCAAUCCCUGCACUGAAAGAAAUUGCGAGCAUCCGCGUCAAUCAUCUCCUUGACACGAAGCGUUUCGGGGACGCGAUCGUGUCUCCCACAGGCGAUAUCCUGGGUUGGGCAGGUCCUAGCGAACUAGCCAUGGUUAACGUCUUUGGCUGUGGUACGUCCCUCCCACCUAGCACGGAUCGUCUCUACGACGGCACCAAAAUGGUUCCUCCUCGACCUACGAUCAGCAACCUGCAAUGGAUCGCGGGUACACAAUACAUCACUCCCUCAGAUAUGGACAUCCUCAUUGGAGGGCCCGACCGACCACCUUCUAAGCGAAUGAUGGCGGAAAUGCGGGCUGCGCAGGAAGCCGAGUUCCAACGACAAAGGGAAGCCGCGCGAACAGGACGGGCGCCCAAGCCUGACCAUUCUCAGGAGACGUAUUGGGCGUACAUGCAGCGGCAGCUUCAAGAGAGAACAGAGAAUCUGGGAUUGGCGGGUGACAGUCUCGAUCGAGCAGCGGAAUCCAGCAGUUCGUGGAGCGACGGUGUGGACAAGUUUGUCGCGAAGCAGAAGAGAGCGGCGGCGCUGGGGUUUAUUGGAUCGAAGCUAGGGUUCUAA